AUGCAAACUAAUACUAUUGUCCGAUUCACUAUGGCCAUAUGCAUGGUCUUCCUACUCUUCACUACAGUUUGUUCUGUAUCUCUUUCAUCGGAUUCUAAAACAGAAACUAUUCUUCAUGAAGAACCUUCAACAUCGAAUGAAGCAAAUGAUGAUCUACAUAAACUUUGUCACUAUUUCUGUACUAAUAAUCACUUGUUUACUAAAAGAGCUUAUUUAAAAGGUUUUGUCCAUGGUCGAUCAAUCAGCGACGAUGCUGAUAGCAGUGAUGAUCUUCUUGAAAAACGUUUUGUUCAUGGCAAACGUUUUGUUCAUGGUUAA